GCAAUAUUCCUAACGUCAAAAUAUAAAUACAACGGCUUUAACAUUUUUCCUGUGUUUUAUCGAUGUAAUUUGAAUUAUUUUAAUCUGGUCACGUUUAUUCUGAUAUAUAUCUUAUUUUGUAAAAUCAGAAAUUAUUAUUUACUGACAUGUUAUACAUAUGAUUAUGUAAAGUGUUUUAAUUAGGUAUGUUUACUGAACAUUUAAUGUUACUGCGGUGAGAUGACUCAAUAGUUGUAUACAAUGGGUAGACCGUGGAUUAAUAUCUUCACGGCGGUCAUUAUAUGCUUUAGUUGCUGUGAAAGUGAUCGCGGGGACUACAUCGGCUGCUACAGAUUUAAAAUCGAGGAUUUGUUGAAUACUCACACAGGACAAUCCGUAGACGUGUGUUUGUCGGCUUGUGAACAAGUUUAUUACAAAUACGCCCUUAUCGGUAACGAGUCUACUUGUUUCUGCGGUAAUAAACCUGGCCAAUUCAGGAUUCCUAUAGAGGCUUGUGAUACACCAUGUCCUAAGAAUGAAACUCAGAAAUGUGGUGGAGAUAAUGCUGGCAGCGUGUAUGAUACCGAUGUGAGAGCUCCUGGCCCGCCCGCCUCCUUGGAUGUGUCGAAUUUCACUGAAACCACGGCCCGUUUACGCUGGACCGGACCACAGGCAUUUUCAAUUAUUACUGGUUAUAUGAUAAGAGCCACACCCAUAGAAAGUUAUGCAGAUUACCCUUUGCCACCUUUUGAAUGGAGGGUCUCAAAUAGCACAUACCAAUUUGUAUUAGUAAAUUUGCAUCCGGGGUCUACAUAUAAUGUCAGUGUUGCUGCAACUAACCAUGACGAGGAAGGGCCCAAUAUUACAGCCAGUGUCACUACAGUGAUUGGCACACCGGACCCUAGCCCUCCGGACAUAGAGAUAAAGGAGAGACAUGGAGAUCGAAUGCUCGUUCACAUUCCAGAAGCUAAGAAUAUUAAUGGCCCUAUAUCUAUGUAUAGAAUAGUUGUCUCUGUUGAAUUGUACCAGCAAGGAUUUCUAAUUGAAAAUCUUGGUAAUCACUCCUAUGCAGAUGAACAAGGCCUCCCUUACUAUAUCACUGCUGAGCUAGAUCCAGAUGACAUAAAGCAGGAUUUCAUAAUUGGUGAUAGGAGUACAUAUAAUGGGUUCUACAAUGCACCCCUGCCUCUAACUAAUGAUAUUGAUGUGUCUCUCGGUGUUGUCAGUGAGAAGGAUCAUGUGAGAAAAGUGAGAUAUGCUGAAUCAACUAAAAAGAUCAUCUUAAACAUCAAUGAGCCUGAAGAGAUUUCUCCAAUGGUGGUGGCACUGGGUGCUGCCAUUGCUAUUGGAGUGGUGCUGCUGUUGAUAGGUGUCGGACUCCUCAUUAUAUUGCGUAAGAAAAUCCAACUGGCCCGAAUGCAGCGUGGAUCUCAAUCACUGCCCUUAAGUCUUAGUGAACCCUGUAUUGAGAUAGAAAACUCUGGCUUUCUCCAAGAUGAAGACGAAAGAGUUGACUACUAUGGCAACUUGAAACGUAAAUUGUGGAAUAUUCCAAGAAACCUCAUUGACAUUGAUAUAUCUUGUGUCAUUGGACUUGGCAGCUAUGGGAAAUUUACAAAAGGUAAAGUUCAACAACACGGGGCUCAGACUUCAGGCUUGGUCCAGGUGAUAUCUGAUAGGGAGUUGGAGAAACCUGACAAAAGACUCAUGUUACAGGAGUUGGAUCUUUUAAUUAAAUCCAGUGAGCAUGAAAAUGUCAUUUCUCUGAUUGGUAUCUGUGAAACAAAUACAACACUAUUUGUGGUGUUGCAGGACACAAAGCAGUCAUUAAAAGAUAUGCUAUUGCAGAGUAGACACAGAGAUCUCCAGAAUAAUAAGUUUUGUCUAGUUACUGAAAACCAAAUACUGCAAACCUGUGUUGACAUCGCUCGUGGGAUGGACUACCUGCAUAGCAAGAAGAUUGCACACAAACGGUUAUGCUGUCGUAACAUCGCGAUCACUGCAAAUGGGGUCACGAAAGUGUCUGGUUUUGGAUUGUCCCAUAUCAGACCACUGCAUGAAACUCCUGACUACACUAGGUGGAUGUCACACGAAAUGCUUCGUCAGACGCGGUACAACCCUAAAGCUGAUGUAUGGUCUUUUGGAUGUUUGAUGUGGGAAGCAUUCACUAUAGGAGCUACACCAUAUUCUCAUAGUGGAAACAAAGACGUAGCAGCUAGAGUGUUGAGGGGUAUGCGGCCGUCGCAGCCAUCAUACGUGGGCGACGAACUGUUCCAGCUGUGCCUGCAGUGCUGGCAGGUGGAUCCCGACGAGAGGCCGUCAUUCUCGUCACUCGUGCACGAACUUAUGCCCUUCGCCGAAGCACCCGGCACGAGGAGCUUAAGUUUCACACAUUACAACGGUUUCAAUUAUGAACUCUAUGUUCCACAAUAUGAAGUUAUAUCAUAGUUUAUGCUUUGAGCAUUAAUCAAAUAUACUGACAUUAGCCAAUUAAAUUAUCAUAUCCAAAGAUUAACUGCUUCAUACUAGUAUAUUAGCUUAAUUCCGACAUACGUGGAACGAUGUUUGCACGUGUUCCGUCGAUUUUUAAUAUCGACCAACGACAUUGCUAACGAUUUUGUAUAGCGAGAUGGGAUCGGUAUGAUUAAUUGAAGCGAUAAAUCUUUCCGUGUAUCCAUUACUUGUAUCUAGUAUUGAUACUGUGUGAUAAUGCGGCAGCUAAGUACUCGAUUCACUCAUCAUUCUCAGUAGCUUAAUCUCUGUCUGACAUAUUUUAUUAUAUUACGUAUAAGAAUAGACUCUAGAAAAUAUUUGUAUACGUCCGGAAGAGAUGACAAUUAUUUGGAACUUAAUGCUUAGUGUAUCUCAUGACUACUUGUUAUUAUUAAUGUCAUCGGGCGCUACUUUGAGUCGCCUGUACCCAGUAUUACGAUCUUCCAUAAUUCUUUCAGCUAAUCCCAGUAAUAGCCGAGAUAUAUAAGAAAAAAAAAAAGUGCAUAUGCUCUACCUAUAUAAUCAGUGUUUGAUCGUUUGAUAUUCAAACAGGCAUGCGUGACAAUUAUAUAGACUGCGAUUUGCCCAUUUGGCUACUAAAAGUGUACUAGUAUUAAAAAAAAAAGAUGAAAGAAAACCGCAACAAGUAUUUGAUGUAUUAAUAUUUGUAUAUUUUGCAUUAAAGCAGCGUAGUGUUACUCAAAACUAUGCUCUAAGAUAAAUUAACCUAACUAGUUAGAUAUUAUAAGUGUAUUCUAUUUAAACUAUCUGCGAGUAUUAAUGUUUCCUUGGAGACGAGUAUGUAUGUAAGUAUAAGCAAUCUAUAUUUUCCGGUAAUUUUUCUCGGUCAUAAAAUUUUACUAGUCUCAUGUUUGUUAUAGGUAUAUUUUGUUUCUCUUCGUAGUGGCUUCACUUCAUUUGUUUGCACCAGAAGGGACGCCAUAAAUAUCUGUUUUUAUCGUUAUUACUAAUAAAAUAGCGCACAGUGGCGGACUGUUAUAUUGCUUCAUAUUUAACUACGUUAUGUAGGUGCUUCUAAGGAUUUGUUUUAGCGAAUACUUUUGUAUGUCGAAAUAAAAUAUCAGAUUUGAUACUCAUAACUUACGUGACAAUACCUAUUUAAAUGAAUUGUAUACUGUUAGAUUGAUCUAUUUACGAUCCACUUGGAAACUAAUGAGAUUUAUUUUUAUUGGCCCUGUGGGGCGAUCUGACCUGUAUGCAUCCUCCACUGAUGUGAUGGAUCAUUGUUGUGUCCUGGUGUUUCAUAUUUGUCAUCUAAAACAAGGAGUUAUGUACUUUUUAUACUAUAGUAAUAUGAAGUAAUUAAAUAUACCGUGUAGUGUACAUACGUCGCCUUCUCAGGCGAAUCCUAAUUCCAAUUCAAUGGGAAAUGAAAAUUAUAUUAUUUAAAGAUCUCUAAAAAAUAUCUCUGGGCCCAGUAAUGGGGACGUUUCUUUAUGUUUUGAGUCCCCGAUUCGAUGCCCGUUUGUGCUGAUUUAGAAAUUGAACUUUCUCAAAAUAGUUUAUCCGGGCUUUGUUUCCAAACGUACUUUGAUUUUUCAUACAGGUCCAGGGCUAAAAUAUUAACUUAUUUGUAUAUAAAAUGUAAUAGAUACUCGAAAUGUAUUUUUCAAUAUUUCAUUUGUAUUAUUAUGGUAAAAUAUUUAUAUUUCUAGCCAUAUUAUUAUUUAUAGAUGCAUGUUUACGACGGGUGCCAAAAUACUCGUCUCGAAUUUGUAAAAAAAAAUACUAUAUAGACAUUCUUGAAUAGAUAUUAUAAAAUUUUAAAGCUUUUAAAUAACUGCGUAAUAUUAAUGUAAAAAAUGGUUUAAAAACAUGACAAUUUUUAUUGGCUGCCUAUGUAUUUUUGUAUUUUAUUAAAACUGUGAAUUUGUUGAUAAAAUUGUCAAGUAGAUUUAUGCGUGUAAUAUUUAAGAAGUAAUUCGAUCAUAAGCCAAGACUGUUGUAGGCUCAUAGAAUGCAUCUUUUCCACGAUUGAAUGCAAUUUGUGUUUGAUAAAGGCAGGUUAAUUUAUUCGAACAAUAUCCGAAGUUUGUAUUCCGUCCACGUGUUUAUAUGAAUCUCAUGCGUACCUAAGUAUUUUAAGCUAUUUAAUAUUUAAGUGUCAAUAUAAUCAUUUUGCAUC